AUUGUUUUGCCCACAGUUACAAAAUCCAUCAAAAUUGAUAAAAUCCGUAUCAGUAGAAACUCGUUGGAAACAACACUCCAAAAUAUCUUCUUCAUCUUCUUCUUCCUCCUUUCAUUCAUUUCGAUUUCGAUUUCGAUUUUCAUUCUUCUUCCUUCUCAUCGCCAUCACUAUUCAGGUACUAGUCUAAUAGCUUUGUAAGACAAAAGAACAUGGCCUUAAAUCAGUAUUUUGCUGAGGGUGUGAACCAAAUUGAUUCCUUGGAAGGUAAAUCAUCUCAGGAAAUGUGGAAAUGUUCCGGUGCUGACGCAAUUUCAGGUUCAAGUGGCUUUGACUGCAACAUAUGUCUGGAGUGUGUGCAAGAUCCAGUGGUCACUCUUUGUGGCCAUCUCUACUGCUGGCCCUGCAUUUACAAAUGGCUUAAUUUCCAUGGCCAAGCUCAAGAGAACCAGAAGGAAAAGCCGCAAUGUCCAGUAUGCAAAACAGAAAUUUCAAAAUCAUCACUUGUUCCGCUUUACGGCCGCGGCCAAACCCCAUCGCCUUCCAAAGGCAAUGCUCAGCAACUAAGGAGUGUCAUACCACCGAGACCGCCCAGUCCUUCUUGGAUGACUAACUUGCCAAGAUCACUUGAUGCUGGAACUGUUUCACAACACACUUCUCAAGUUUAUCAUCCUCAUUAUCAUAAUCAUACUCAUCGGAACACUUCACCAAUGCUCAACACAGGUGGUUCACUGAUCAAUCCAUUGGAUACAAGUUAUGGUGUCUUUGGUGAGAUGAUAUACGCAAGGAUCUUUGGAAACCAAGUGACAGACGUUUAUACAUAUCCGAAUUCAUACAAUCUUUCGGGGAUCAGUAAUCCUAGGAUCAGAAGACAUUUGAGGCGAGCUGAUAAGUCACUUGGUAGAAUCUGUUUCUUCCUCCUUUGUUGCACAGUUUUGUUUCUUCUCUUAUUUUGACUGCAGUUCCGUAUUUUGUGUGUGCAAUACAAUUAUACAACCCUGUAUAAAAUAUAAGCGGUAUGCUGAUUUAGUUAGAUGUAUCAUAUGUAUCAGAGAAGUUGCAUAUUUGGUGCCUGCUGAGAUAGGUUAUGGGUAUAGUUACCUGCUCUCUUUAAGGUAUUUAAAUGGAUGUUUGGAUAUGUCUGCAUCUGUUUUAUUCUGGCUUUCAGCUUGUUAUAAACUAAACUGUAUUAUAUUUCCAGAAGUUCAAAACAAUAAAUGUUUGCAUUAGUUUGCAAUUGUAAUUCA